AUGGACAAAUUUAUUAUUAAAACAUCAACACGAGCAACGCGUUCAAGCGCAGUGAAUGCUUCACGGAAGAUUUCUUCUCAACUGGAACCUGAUGAUGAGCCAGUUCUUGCAGUGAGGAAGCGCAUAGCCAAACGCCCUUCUCCUCCUCAGGAUGAAGAUUUCGACGCGUCUGAGCCGGAAGAAGACGCGACUCUUGAAAACGAUACUAAGCAACCAGCACCAAAAAAGAGGAAAACGCAACCUCCAAGGAGCAAGGCUGAAACUUCCAAAAUUCAUGAGACUCUGUUCUCUUUCAAAGGAGAAACGAAUGAAACACCAUGCACCCCUCCAUCUAGGCGACAUCACAUCACAUAUCAUCGACCAUUGUUGUUGAAGGAGUCCUCUUCCCGCAAGGCGCUCCUCAAUUGGUUCGAUGAUGUUAGCACCAAGCGUUCAAUGCCAUGGCGUAAGGCUUGGAUAAAUCCAAAGGAUCACGAGGGUGAUGAACUUCGGGGACUGUUAGAACGACGAGCAUAUGAAGUCUGGAUCAGCGAGAUCAUGCUGCAGCAAACGCGAGUGGCAACAGUCAUCGACUAUUGGAACAGAUGGAUGGCCAAGUGGCCUACAAUCCAUGACCUUGCGGCUGCAAGUGCCGACGAUGUUCUGAGUGCGUGGCGCGGAUUGGGCUAUUACAGCAGAGCGACAAGGAUUCACGAGGCAGCAAAGCUUGUGGUGAACGAUUCUACCAUGAAUGGGUUGCUGCCUUCAAAUACUCAGGAUCUCGAGGCCAAGGUUCCUGGUGUCGGGAGGUACACUGCAGGUGCCAUUUCAUCCAUCGUCUUUGGAAGAGCAGCGCCUAUGGUCGAUGGAAACGUUUUGCGAGUCUUGAGUCGACAACUUGGACUUUUUGGCAACGUCAAGGCAAACAAAGCCGUGAUAGAUACGUUGUGGGCUGCCGCCGACGCCCUUGUGAGAGCUGUUGCACGAGAUGGAACCGAUAAACAGGAGGACGAAGAAGUUGAAACAAGCGAUCGGCCAGGAAGAUGGGGACAGGCACUCAUGGAGCUCGGAAGUACUAUCUGUGUGCCCAAGCCAAACUGCUCCGAGUGCCCUAUCACAUCAACAUGCCGGGUCUAUGCUGAAGGCAAAACACUGGUGUCAAACAAAGACACAAAAAUUGGAGAUAUCGAAGAUAUGUGCGACCUCUGCGAAAGCUUCGAAGAGGAAGGCCUGGGCGAAACGGAAGUCAAAAUUGAAGAUACCAAGGCUUCGAAGAAGGCGACCGCUAAAGGAGGUCAAGGCAAGCAGAUGACACUCUCGGCGUUUGCCUUUAAGGGGCCGACUGAAGACAAACCAACUCCGGCCAAAGCCAAAGCAGCCCUCAGUCCCCGUGAGCUGGAAACUAUUGUUGACCACGCCCGCAAGUUCCCACUUAAAGUUAUCAAAAAGGCUGUUAGGGAGGAAGAAACUUUGGUGUGCGUGAUCCGCCGAAAUGACGGCCAAUAUCUGGUUCAGAAGCGCCCCGAGAAGGGACUCUUGGCUGGUCUUUGGGAGUUUCCUAGCUACAUCCUCCAAGACGCCAAGGAGGGCAACACACCUGCAAAGAGACGUACAAAAGCACUGGCAUAUGUCUCCAAGCUCGCUGGCGAGCACGGAAGCCAAGCAGUGAAGCCCAAGCAUGUGGCUGAACUGGGUAGUGUGCCAUGGCUCUUUUCCCACUUGAAGCUCACAAUGCACGUUCAUCUCUUUACCCUUGAAGAUGGUGAUUUGGAUGAUACCAAGUCACUUACUAAAGAUCGAUUGAGAUGGGCGACUAGUGAAGCUGUUGACGAAGAGUCAAUGGGAACAGGUAUGCAAGAAGAUGACAAGUUGCAGAUCGCUUCAGAUCUUGAAUUGACAAAACGCGAGCUUGAUGAGGCUCUACAGCAGCGGGAUGACCACGCGUCUCGCGCCGCUGAACUUUCGGAGGAGAAUGCCAGAUUGAAAGAGCAGUUGCAACAGCAGGCUUCUACCAAAUCACCUGGGAGCGCCGAGCAGACUCGAAAAUCGCCUGCCAGCAACCCUUCGGAAAACGCAGAGGAGCCAGAUUGGAAACUCGAGUGCGCCAAGGUGAGCCUCAAGUUUAAAGCACUGUCGGCAAACUUCAAACAGGCAAAGGAUGCCUUGCGAAAGAGGAAAGAAGAAAGGGAUAGAUGGGCCAAUCACGCUACGCUUCUGGAGAAGAAGAUUAAAACAGCCGAAGACGAGCACGGCAUCAACAUCACAGACCGUCGAAGCACCCGAGCAACUACACUUCCUGCUGGAAAGACCGUAGAGGAAGCUGCUCCUAGUCCUAACACGAGCUUCACAUCCGAAGCCGGUCUGGAUCAAGCCGACCUGGACCUUCCACCUUUAGCCGCCGCCUCUCUUCAUGACAACAAUCAGCCGCUUCCAGACACCACAGCUGCCAAUCCUAGCUCGGACUCUACAGAGAGCGAAGUGGAGUCAAGGCACGACGAAAAUGAAUUGCCAGAGCUGCCGACCCACGGCUAUGUGAAAGUCAAGGAAGAGCCGUCGUCCGAUCCGAUCUUUUUAUCCGAAAGAGAGGUACGGAAGCGAAAGCGCGGCGAUGAGGAACCCAAUGGACUGCCUUUACAGAAGGUAAAGGUGGAGGCCGACGAGCGCUCUUCGAGCCCCAUAGACCCAUUGGGACCUCCGACCCUUCUCCCGCAUGAGAGUCUGGAUUUGGGAGAUGUAGCCCAGAGACUCCUAACACCCAGGAAGCGCCGAGAAUUAGAAGAGUCGCAAUGGCAAGAGAGAGUUAAGAGCGAAGCACCUGCGACGCCAACGACAACCCCCCGAACUCUCUUCGUUCGACCGGAUCCUCCACAAACUGCUCGUCCAAUCGAGCGUACAUCAGCACUUACACCUCUGAGCGUGAAUCGAAGGAUAAUUCAGCCCAGUAAAGACAAGCCUGUUACACCCCUCAAAAAGGGGCUGGACCGUGGCAUCUCAACUUUGGCUGAGGAUGGCGAAGCCUACAGGCAAGACAGAGGCCCGGAUGCAGCCCCUAAGGGGAGGUUGGAUGCACUGUUGAACAGCCCAGCUGCGCAGGUGGCUACGCCCAGUGGUCGACCAACUCCGAGGACAUCAUCGAGGCCGAGUACCACAGCAGAAGACCUUGCAAUUCCAGGACGACGAGUACUUCCUUUUGAAGGGGCGGGUCGAGUUAAAGACAGGCCGCCCGUUCAGCAGAUGCUCACGCCCAGUCGAACACCUGCUGUAGCUGCUGCGUCCAAGAAUACACCGCAGAAUGCACCAUCUCCGCUGGCCUCUAAGAAAGGUGUGCAGUCGGGGUUGCGGUACAAACCAGUCUCGCAGCUGCGUCCGGAUGACUUCAAGAUCAAUCCCGAGGCCAACGAGGGACAUGACUUUGCCUUUUCGGAUGUCGUUCGUGGUAGAGACGAGAGGUCUCGCAUGCAAGGAUGUACCGAUAUGCACUGCUGUGGAAAGCAUUGGCGAUCCCUCGCUAUGUCUCAACGUCCCGACCCUCCCCUUUCGGCUGCCCAACGGCAAGAGGAGCAGAAAUUGUUGGAGGACUACAUGGGAGAUUUUGCAUACCGAUUAGGAACCAUGGAUAAGAAGGAGCGCGACGAGUUGUGGAUUGAAGCCAAGAUGCAGGAGCUUGCCAAUAAGUACGGCAAGCACCGAUACCACUACUCAAGAAUGCGAAGUCCUCCAGGAUUUUGGAACGCAGAUUUUCCAAACACGCAAGAGAUAGAGGAGGAGAGAUCAGAAGCCGCUCAGAGAGAGAAGCAGACAGUUCGAGAUAGACAUCGCGAGGCCAUGCGGCCUGGUGGUAGAUGGUUGUUCCGUGAUGAGUAA